UCACUAUGUAGUCUCAGGGUGGCCUCGAACUCACGGCGAUCCUCCUACCUCUGCCUCCUGAGUGCUGGGAUUAAAGGUGCGUGCCACCACACCUGGCUCAAGAGUAUUGUUUUUGUCCAAGUUCCCACAGCAAGAGGAGACAGGCACAUUGAAACCGAGGCUAUCUGGAUGUAAAGCUAGAGCCCUUGCACACCUACUGUGUGUGUGGUGGAGCUCUCUACACCACCCUCUACAGGAUCCCUGAAUCCGCUGAGAGGAGACACCUAGCACUGUUUAACUCAGCAAACAAAGCUGUCGUGAUUUGCUGAGCUGUUUACUGAGCGUCUAAAAAGGACAGACCCCGAGAUGCAGAGGGGCACAGAGAAGGUCUCUUCUCUUUCAUCCACGUGCGAUGCUUGUCUGAAGGCGCCUGCAUCGCAGGAUCAGGAGGAAAUUCUACCUGAUUUGAGCUUUCCAAGACGCACUUGGGAGUCCAGACGCCACGGGGACGCGAACCGUCAGCACCUGGGGGCGUGGCGAGGUGGAGGCGGAGCCGGCGGGAGGAGGGGCCUGGGCUGCUCUUGCAGCUGUGAUGCCCGGAGCAGGGGGCUUGGGCCCCAGCACGGAGCAAUCGAGGCGGGACCUAGGCGGUGGCGAGGGAAGGGUUUCCAUCUUGGUGGCAGGACCAUGCAGCUAGGCCCAGGCCUAGUGGUGGGGGUGGCCUUGUGCCUGGUACGUGGCCAGCCCUUGCUGCAGGCUCUCGGACGCCCCUUUUCUGUGCUGUGGAACAUACCCUCGGCACGCUGUAAGGCCCACUUUGGCGUGCACCUACCACUCAAUGCCCUGGGCAUCAUUGCUAACCAUGGCCAGCGUUUCCAUGGCCAGAACAUCAGCAUCUUCUACAAGAACCAGUUUGGCCUCUAUCCCUACUUCGGGCCCAGGGGCACAGCUCACAAUGGGGGCAUCCCUCAGGCUGUGUCCCUAGACCAUCACCUGGCAAAGGCUGCCCACCAGAUCCGCCAAAGCCUGAGAUCCAGUUUCACUGGCCUGGCAGUGCUAGACUGGGAGGAGUGGUAUCCACUCUGGGCUGGGAACUGUGGCCCCCGUCGCCAGGCCUACCAGGCAGCUUCCUGGGCUUGGGCACAGCAGUUAUUUCCCAACUUGGACCCUCAAGAGCAGCUACGUAAGGCCUGUGCUGGCUUUGAGCGCGCAGCCCGAGCACUGAUGGAAGACACACUGAAACUGGGCCAAACACUGCGGCCCUAUGGGCUCUGGGGCUUCUAUCGCUACCCAGCCUGUGGCAAUGGCUGGCACAAUAUGGCUGCCAAUUACACGGGCCGCUGCCAUGCUGCCACCCUUGCCCGCAACACACAGCUGCAUUGGCUCUGGGCCGCCUCCAGUGCUCUCUUCCCUAGCAUCUACCUCCCAUCCAGAUUGCCAGCGGUCUACCGCCAGGCCUUUGUUCGAUACCGCCUGGAGGAGGCCUUUCGCGUGGCCCUCGCGGGGCGUGCGCAUCCCCUGCCUGUUCUGGCCUAUGCUCGCCUCACACACCGGAGCUCUGGGGAGUUCCUGUCUCAGGAUGACCUGGUGCAGACCAUUGGUGUGAGCGCAGCCCUGGGGGCAGCCGGCGUGGUGCUCUGGGGUGACUUGAGCUUCUCCAGUUCUCAGAAGAAGUGCUGGAGGCUCCAUGAUUACCUGGUGGCUACGUUAGGCCCCUAUGUGGUUAAUGUGACCAAAGCAGCAAUGGCCUGCAGUCACCAAAAAUGCCACGGCCACGGACGCUGUGCCCGGAAAGACCCAGGACAAAUGGAAGCCUUUCUGCACCUGCAGCCAGAUGGCAGCUUCGGAGCUUGGGGGUCCUUCAGCUGCCGCUGUUAUUGGGGCUGGACUGGCCCUACCUGCAAGGAGCCCAGGCCUGGGCCUAAGGAAGCAACAUAAGCCAGGCGUUCCUGCUCUUGCCUCUUUUUGUCCCCCUUCCUUUUUGGUUUUUCAAGGUAGGGUCUCGCUCUGGCCCAAGCUGACCUGGAAUUCACUAUGGAGUCUCAGGGUGGCUUCAAACUCAUGGCAAUCCUCUUACCUCUG